AUGAGCUCCGACAUCGCGUGGCAGGUCAUCCGCAACAACUCGGCCUUCCUCCGAACCCGCAAGAACAUCCCCAAGAAGUUCUCCGUCGAGAAGUUCAACUUGACCAACACCAACUCCCAGCGACACAACGGACUCAUCAACAAGAAGGGAAUCGAUGUCUCGAUCAACCAGAAGGGAGAGCUGGCUGUUGCCAUCAAGUCGCAGAGGAAGUCGCACCAGCCCGUGAACGCCGUCGUCACCAAGACGCUCAACGCCAAGAACGGACGCUCGGCCCUCAGGAAGGUCGGCCGCAUUGCUGGCGGAUACAAGGCCAUCCAUGCCCUGCCCGCCCAACGCCGUGCCUCCCAGUUGCUGCGCUCGCUGAAGCACAAAUCGGCUGCCAAGAAGCCGGUGACCGAGGCCAAGGCCGAA